UGAAUAAUAUUUGUAAACAAUUACGAGGGGCGUACCAACCAAUCUUCCGGUUGCAGUUUCUAUUCUUACAUUUCCAAUAUCAUUUUUAGAAUAACAAUGUCGAUCAUGAUUAUGGUAAGCAAUAUCAGCAAAAGUACUCCUCGUAUUUUCUCACUUCUCAUUCUAAUUGUUACAAUUGCGUCAGCUUUUGAUUUCGAUGAGCUAAUGCACGAUGAUAACGAUUUGCAAGAGAUAUGGAAACGAAGUAAUGCUGAACUUAUUAAUGGAUUAAUUGGAAUGGAUUUGGGAAAAUUAACAAAAGCUGGUAAAAGGAGCAUAAUACCACCAUCAAUGAUAACAAACAAACAAAAAGCCAUCAACAAUGGUCAACGAUUUAAUAUGAAUUUGAAAAAAUUAUUAUCAUAUCAGCGUCAUUGUUAAUUGUAUGAAUAUAUCAUUAUCAUUAAUAUCAUAACAUCAUUAUUAAAUGAUAAAAUGUUGAAUAAAU